CAAUAAACAAUAGAAGAAAUAUGGAUUAUUUUAUAUGUAACAUUGAACCAAUCUAAAUGAGAUUAUAAGUGCCAAGAACACAGGAUUAUGAGAGAAUAAUUGUGGUUUUAGUUUAAUUUAAUUAUUGUACAAUAAUUAUCAAACUUUGAAAAAAUGUCUGUGAAAAGAAAACCAGAUACACAAGUGCCGGCAGAAGAAAGUGAUUUAUUGUCAAUCAGACCACUGGGUGCAGGUCAAGAAGUAGGACGGUCAUGUAUUAUGUUAGAAUUUAAAGGAAAAAAAAUCAUGUUAGACUGUGGUAUUCAUCCUGGAUUAUCUGGAAUGGAUGCAUUACCAUUUGUGGACUUAGUAGAAGCAGAUGAAAUUGAUUUGCUAUUAAUUUCUCAUUUUCAUUUGGAUCACUGUGGAGCAUUGCCAUGGUUUUUACAAAAAACCAGUUUCAAGGGACGAUGUUUCAUGACCCAUGCAACCAAAGCAAUUUAUCGUUGGUUGUUAUCCGACUAUAUUAAAGUAAGCAAUAUUGCUACGGAACAGAUGUUGUAUACAGAGUCAGAUUUAGAAACCAGUAUGGAUAAAAUAGAAACAAUUAAUUUCCAUGAAGAGAAGGAUGUGUUUGGAAUCAAAUUUUGGGCUUACAAUGCUGGGCAUGUAUUGGGCGCUGCUAUGUUCAUGAUAGAAAUAGCUGGUGUUAAAAUUUUGUACACAGGAGACUUUAGUCGGCAAGAAGACAGGCAUUUAAUGGCUGCUGAAAUUCCAAAUAUUCACCCAGAUGUCUUAAUUACAGAAUCUACUUAUGGCACACAUAUACAUGAGAAAAGAGAAGAUCGUGAAGGAAGAUUCACAAAUCUGGUUCAUGAAAUUGUCAAUAGAGGAGGAAGGUGUUUAAUACCUGUGUUUGCAUUAGGUAGAGCCCAGGAACUGUUGCUUAUCUUAGAUGAAUAUUGGAGUCAGCAUCCCGAACUUCAUGAAAUUCCCAUUUACUAUGCUUCUUCUUUAGCAAAGAAAUGUAUGGCUGUUUACCAAACUUAUGUGAAUGCAAUGAAUGACAAAAUUAGAAGGCAAAUAGCUAUCAAUAAUCCUUUUGUGUUUAAACAUAUUUCUAACUUGAAAGGUAUUGAUCAUUUUGAAGAUAUUGGGCCAUGUGUAGUAAUGGCUUCUCCUGGUAUGAUGCAAAGUGGUUUGUCAAGAGAAUUAUUUGAAUCCUGGUGCACAGAUGCCAAAAAUGGUGUUAUAAUAGCUGGGUAUUGUGUAGAAGGAACAUUGGCUAAAACUAUUUUGUCAGAACCAGAAGAAAUUACAACCAUGUCUGGACAGAAGCUACCAUUGAAAAUGUCUGUCGAUUACAUAUCAUUUUCAGCACACACUGAUUAUCAACAAACUUCAGAAUUUAUACGUAUACUGAAACCGCCACAUGUUGUGCUUGUACAUGGAGAGCAGAAUGAGAUGGGUAGAUUAAAAGCUGCUUUACAAAGAGAAUAUGAGGAUGAUCCUAAUACCACAAUGGAGAUACAUAAUCCUAGAAAUACAGUAGCUGUGGAGUUAUACUUUAGAGGAGAAAAAACUGCUAAAGUAAUGGGCACAUUAGCGAUGGAAACACCAAAACCAGGACAAACGUUGUCUGGAGUUUUAGUAAAAAGAAACUUCAACUAUCACAUGCUAGCACCCUGCGACUUAUCAAAAUAUACAGAUAUGAGUAUGAGUCAAGUUAUUCAAAGGCAAAGUGUAUACUUUUCAGCAUCAUUACCAGUAUUGAAACAUCUUCUAACACAAAUUGCUGGAAAUUUGGAAGUUGUAGAUGACAAAAAGUUGCGUGUCUUUAAAAAUGUUGAUGUUACGAUUGAUGGAAAAAUUGCUACUAUGGAAUGGAUUGCAACUCCUGUAAAUGAUAUGUACGCAGAUUCUGUUCUGACAGCAAUACUUCAAGCUGAAAUGAUGGAUCAACCACCAAAAGUGUUACCAGCACCUACGAAAAUGGAUCGAAUGCAUUUCAAGGAGUGUUUGAUAGAAAUGUUACAAGAAAUGUUUGGUGAAGAUUCUGUUCCGAAAAUUUUUAAAGGUGAAAAACUGUAUGUGACAGUUGAUGGGAAAAAGGCACACAUAGAUUUAUUAAAUUUAGAAGUAACUAGCAAAGAAGAUGAAACUUUUCAACAAAUAGUACAAACGGCAGUAACGAAAUUACAUCAAUCACUGGCCCCGCCAUGUGAUACAAUUUAA